GGAGAGGCGACGGCGACCCACAUGUUAUCUCGUGCCGUAAACGAGGCGUCAAAAUCACGACGACUGAAAGAAAUGCUCCAUCUAACCUCGUCCCGGGCGACGGCGUCUGUUCUCCUCUUCGUGCUUUUGGUCGAGCGAGGCGCUUCCGAUCAACCGAACUGCGGCAAUGAAGAAUACCACAAACUUUACUCGCCUUUCGUCUACAAUCUAAACUUCAAGGUGACAGGAGAAGUGAACACCCCUUCCACACUGAAAACAGAUUGCGACAAACUGAAAAACGUCACCCAGCGAGUGGAAACGUUUCUCGAAGGAUGUUCCAUUGCCAAAAGCGAAUUUCUGAAAGAAAAGAUAACAGCCUUGCAGUUAACCAAGGACUCUUUGUGCGGCAGCAAACUAAAAGAAGACCUGAACCUCUGGAGAGACUGUUUCAAUCCGAGUGUCUUCGCGGAAUGCAAGAAGAACGUCGAGGAGCGACUGGACAAGCUCGAACAAGACGGCGCUAUGGACAGAUAUAAAUGGUGCAGAAACGAGUCGCUGAGCUACCAGUGCGCACUGGAGGCGGGUGCAGGUUGCCCCACCAAAGCGGAAAGGGCCAGGAAAGCCGUGGAAAACUACAUCAACACUCUCAUGGACGCGAAGAAAUGUCUCAGGCCUACCGAGUACGCUUGCGAGGGUAGACUGUUCCACGACUGCCACUGGAAGGUCGUCCACGAAAGAGAUCAACAAUUGCCGCUUCUCCCAAGCGGUGAAGGUACGCUCGCGAAAUAUUGCAAAGCCGCCAAGUCCGUGUCUACCUGCACAAGGAACGUGCAGAUCGACCAAUGCUCCGAACGGGAACAAACAUAUUCACGUACCGUCGAGGAUGGCUCCCGAUUGAUCAUUGGUUCUCUUUGCGACGAAAAGCUCCCAGCAAGCGUCGAAGUGUGGAACAAGUGCCUGAACCAGGAAGCCUUGAAGAACUGCAUGUCGGAGAUUCCGGAUCCUUGGAAUUUCGGAAUUAAAGACCCACGGCUCCAGACCUGCAGGGUACACGAGGAGACGCUCAAGUGCGAACUGGCGGCGGGCUCAAACUGUCCUGCGUCAGCAGAUGUGGCCAAGAAGGCCCUGUACGAUAUUCGCAUGACCCUGUUCGACAUCUACAACUGCUCCAGGCCCAAGCUCGACGGCUACGGCUCCAGCGGCUUCAGCACGACCCCCGCGAUCCUCGUCACGCUGUCAGCCCUGUGCGUCGCGCUACUUCCCACGAGGCAGACGCUGCUCCUGGAUUUUAAUUAGAACUCUGGUUCGAGAGGAACCAGCGAUACUUAAAGUCUUCGUAUAUAUACCAAGACGCCGUUGAAGAACAAGUCGAUGUUUUCUCACGACACUGAUGUGGGCACAGUGCAUGCGCAGAAACCAGAUGCGCGCGAAUCGUUUGCGCAUGCGCCGUGCCUACAGCAGCGCCACCGCAGCGAUGUGACGUCAGAGCUGCGUGUUGUUCACUAUGAAAUGAUUACCCAAAACUGACUACUUUACUUUUUCCCAAUCAUUAAAAUAAAAACAAAAAAA